GGGCAAGGAAGCCCCCGCCCUCGCCCUCGCCCUCGCCCUCUCCUCUCCUCCAAGUCUGGUGAUAGUGGUGGUAACCUCUUACUCUUGCCUCAGCCUCCGAGUAGCACUCUGCCGCGAAUACAGUCCGAUGGUAACCCGUCACCUGUCGGACCCGGACCCCGCAAGCUUAUCUUGAGCUGCGUUGACCCAAUUUCCCACCUCUCUUUCACCGAGAUGGCGAGCCAUCUCGAUCGAGGCUCGCCAUCUAGCCUCGGCAGUCAAGACAGCAGCACACGGACCGUCGAGGCCGAGACCGACCAGCCGAGAACGACCGUUUACGAGCCCGAGCCCGAGCCCGAGUCCGGGUCUGAGUCUGAGUCUGGUAGCUCAUACGACGGUACAGCUUCAGACACGAGGAGCCCCGUGUGUCAGUUUCGAAACUCACAAUACUACGACGACGAGUGUUCGCUUUUCUUCGACUGCCCAACACAUCAGAUCCAACGGGCACCAGCAGAUGCUGUCGACACCAGCCACCAGAACUUGGACCCUGCAGCUAAUCUGGCCCCCAACAACGAACAGCCUUCCGACUCGGACCCAAGUGCGCCUCUUCGAAACGAUGCUGACCCCUCGAAUCAAGUUUCGCCUGUUGGACCAUCCACACGCCACGAGACAGUCGCUACUACGAAUGCACAACAACCCAGCCCGCCCACGGCUGUCAAUCUCACGGCCCAUGCGGUUGUUUCGAAUGAUUCGCAUACAAGCGACGACGUGUUUACUGCACUUGAGGCGCUGCGAAUGCUAGGGACCAGCACAAACAGGGCCACGGACACAGCUACAGCUACCCACGGCCAGCCGACUGGCAACAGUAUUGCCCGGAACACUCACGGAUCAGCCUCGAGUUCCCGGGCAUCUUCACGCCUUAGUUUGCGCCCAGAAAACCCCAUGUCUCGCCCCGAUGAUGCGCACCCGUUGAGCCCCGCAAAUCCACACGCCCUGGCAAGAGAUGGCAGAAGACGGGGUAACGAUGUAACUCUGCCUGUUUGGCAAGACGAUUCAGAUGUGGCAAGUUGCCCAAUUUGCCGUACCGAUUUCACCCUGUGGACUAGGAGGCAUCAUUGUAGGAAAUGUGGUCGAGUGGUCUGCAACAAUUGCUCACCUCAUCGAAUCGUCAUCCCAAACCAAUACAUCGUGCGGCCCCCCGGCGAGAUGCCGUUGGAGUUUUAUCUGGGGGAACGUGGCCUAGCUGACUUUGGCCAUUCUCUUGGUGGUGGUGAAAGGGUCCGACUAUGCAACCCGUGUGUGCCGGAUCCCAACACGACGCCUCCUCAACCCCAACCUUCCCCACUUGGCUCUUCUGCCUUUCAUCCCAGGUCAGGGCAUCAAAGGUCCCAAAGCAGUGCUGAUGGCAACGGUUAUUUCUUUCGGGGAGCUUCUGGUCUACACUCACCUCCUCCCGCGGGAGCUACGAGAUCACUUAUUGGUACCCAGCCUAGGAGUCGGAGUGCUACAGUUAACCACCUGCCUUCACAGCAGCUGCCCACGGCGGUUGCUAAUCAUCAUCUAGCUUCACCGCUCAACGUUUUGACACCCCCCGAUCCCAGUCGAAUACCCAAGCAGCCCGAUAUUUUCCGUCGGAUUACAACUUUCUGAGCCCAAGAAGUGGAACCGCACCACGUGCCAGGGACAUUGACCGUCCCUUACCACUGCCGCCGCAUCCUGCACCUGACAUCCCAGA